GUCUCACAUUUUGGUUCUGGUCACCCAGGUUGAGGAAACCUCACGAGAACGAGAAGAGAGACUGAAAACCUGGUCCUCUUUCCUGAGUGAUGAGAGUGCAUCUGCCAAAGCUAAAGCAGACUCUUCAAAAGCAGCUGAACAACAAAAUUCCAGCACACAAGAAACAGCAGAACAGACUCGACAGGAGGAACAUACAAACGAAAGCACUGCAGAACCGCAAGAGGGGAAAGAUGAGAAGGAUGAGAAGGAGCAUGACGAGGUAGAGGAAGGAGGAGUAGCGUCGACCGAUAGCAGUUUAGCAGGAAGUGAUAAUGAGGAUGCGUAGGACUUGUUUAAUGUCUCUUGCUAAAACAUCUUCAUACUAAUAUACGUUUCCUUUUAAUUGUUUAUUCCCAUGACAUGUCUGUGCGUUUCACCAUAUCAAAAUAAGGACAAUAAUGGAAAUUUGACUGUAAAUAGUCAUUUGUGUGAUUUUAUGCUAAUGUGUGUCAUUGUCUGAAUCAAUUUGAACAUCUGUUAAUAGUUUUAUAGUAAAAAAAAAAACAUUUUGUGACCGCAUCAUUGUUUCUUGCUUUCAUGAAAAAGAUGUUUAUUAGUAGCUUCCCUCACUAACAAGAUCUUUGGUUUAUUAGGGAACAAAAAAACAAGCAGUUUCCUUAAGGGUAGUUACAUGUAAGCCUAAUGACAGCUGUGAUUUUAUCUGUUUGAGAGACCUUGUUCAACUCGCUCGGGUGCAUUUUUCAGUGCACAUGUAAAGAAGAGCACCUCCUGCACUUAGUAUCAUAUUCAUUUUGUUUUAGUAUGAUCGGUGGCUGAAUGUUGGCUGGAUUCAGUUCGGAUGAUGGAGAACAGAGUGUUAAAGCGCUCAGAGGACUGUAAAGAUCCUCCUCAGCUCUUUACAUACUAUCAAGGCGACAUCAACACUGCAGUGGAUGAGCACUUUUUCCGUGCCCUGAAUAAAGCAACCACACCAAAAGACCUCAGUACUAAAGCCAAGGACAGCAAUAGGACUCCCAAAUCUGGUGCGUUAAUCUGUCUGUUUGUCUAUCUAUCCAUCUGUCUGUCUAAUGCAUUUCUUAUCCCAGAUGUACCAUCAUCAUCAUGGGCUUCUUCUGGCCUAACAUGGCCCAAGUCCACACACUCUUCCGGUUCCUCAAAGCUGACCCAAUUGACAUCCAUGGAACCUACACCUCCAUCCCAGGGAGUUAUUGUGAAUCCCUCAGUACUAUCAUCAUCAUCGUCAUCCCUCUGGCCAUGUCCAUCCAGACAGGGCACAGCAUUCGAACUGCCUCAAAUACUCUACCAACAGCCCAUAGCUGCUGAGAGCAGUGCCAACUCUUACCUGAACCUGUUACAAAUGGAUCGGCCAACAGGGGGCAUCAUGAUCUCGCCCUUCUCAAAAUCAGACACCAGACCAGAGUGGAAUACUGGGACGGCCUUUAAGGAUGGAAGCAGGAUCGGCCUAGAUUCAGGUGUGCCUGUCUCAGAAAUACCUAAGGAUUUGUACUGGUAUUGAAGAAGCGAUUUCUGGCUCUAUGAUCAAAAAUAUAUUUUCAGCACAAGACUGACUGUGUUUACAUUAUUAUGUAAGCUUAAGAAUUCUGUGCUUUUGGACAUCUGGCAUAGUGACUCAAAACAUUAUAUUCAUGGUAUCAGACAUUCCUCAGAGAUAAAUGGCAGUUAAUUACUUAUUUUAGCCGUGAGCAUGUGAAGAAUCUUGUAGUAGGACAUAAGAUAAUACCUGAUUGAAAAUAAUUAACUUCUCUUAACUAUUUAAUGGGUGAAUGAGGAAGUAACGUCUAUUUGUAUGAUUUGUAAUACAAUUAUAGUUUUACAAAACCUACUUUACACUUUUUCCCUCAAGCAGUGAUGUAUUUCCCUGUCACAAGCCCUCACUUUUGAUGUAUGAGUAUGACAAAACAGCUAAAGUCUUUGCACAAAACAGCUAAAGGCUUUGAUGAAUUUCCUCAAUUAUUUUCAAGAAUAGUAUAAAGAAGUCUAUUUUCAGUAUGAAUAGAGAGGUGAUCUGUUUAAUAAAUCCUACAUGA